AUGAACCAGCUGUCCAAGAGAGAACUGACAGAAAUUGCAGUAACAGCUAAGGCAGUGUUGCAGAGGAGAAACACCUGGAUCUUUGAGAAUAAAUUUAAAUCCCCUUCUCAGGUGUCAAAGCAGGUUCAUGCUGAGAUGGAAGCCAUUGAUUCUUGGGUGGAAAGUGGGGUAAAGCAGGUUAAGCACCAGGUAGUAUCUGGAUCCAAAUGGUCUGCUCCUCCACCAGCUUUCUUCAAAGCCAAUUGGGAUGCAGCCAUUGAUAAAGGUAGUUCCAAAGUUGGGAUUGGGGUGAUUGUAAGAGACUCAGAAGGUUUGGUCACAGCCUCUCUAUGUUCUUCCAUUACUCUAACUCCUGAUCCUUUGCUUGGGGAAGCGGCAGCAGCACUGAGAGCCACCACCUUGUGUGCUGAACUGGGUUUAACUCAUAUUGUCUUAGAAGGUGAUGCUCUCAAUGUGGUUCAGGCUGUCCAAGGUGUGGAAGAAAACUGGAGUGCUGUUGGUAUGGUAAUUAGAGAUGUCAAGUCCUUGUUGUCAAGGUUCCAAGAGUGGUCAAUUCAUCAUGUUCCUAGAGAGUUGAAUGUAAUUGCCCAUACUCUAGCAAAGUAUGCUCUGAUUUGUUCAGAGGAUUGUAUCCUUUUGGAGGAUUACCCUCCAUGUAUCCAGCAUUUAUUCUAA